AUGAGUGAAUUGCAGCGGCUGGUUUGGGCAGGAACGCUCAACUUGAAGAUAAAAUUGGAUCCAGAGCUGGUUUUGACAGAGUUAAAGGUGAAAGAUCAGGAAGAAGAUAGAACAACAAAUUCGACAUAUGUCAAUGUUCAAGUACCGAGGGACUCAUACCUGAUACUGUUUCUCCCGCACAUCAUUCAGAAGUUGGGAAAACAGCUGCGAAUGAACGUCAGGGAUUAUUAUCAAGGAUGGUGGUUUGAAAUGGAAAACGUCUGUAUUCCAUGGAACUUCCCCAUCGGUGCACUUUACGACUCAUUCACGGGUCUGAAUCCAAAAACCCGAGCUUGUGAGUCUCGGGAAAACAGCAUCAACGUGUGGAAUCUGGUGCUUCGAUAUGGGAAACAGCUUCCGCGUGGAUUCAUACCUAUACGCAACGGAAGUGAGCAGAUCCGAGAAUUGUGGAUGCACCAGUGGAAACAGGCAUGUUUUGUAAUGAACGGGAACUCGAAACUGGUGAUGUCGUUUUCCAAACGCGAUACGCUGUCUUUUUGGGAAAGUGUACUGUGCAGGAGCCAGACUAGCUUCGCCAGCUUCAGUGAUAUAAGACAAAGAAUCCUGCCUGUCGAUGGUAAGGUGAAAUCUGUACCCGUCAAAAUUCACCUUGCACUUCCAGACAUCCGGCUGGUGGAGCCGGUGUGCAGUGCGUACGACAACGAAAGGGAAGUCGAGUUGAGCGAAGUCCUUGCUCGCGAGUUUCCGGAGUGGUUUGCAUCAGACGGUAAAUCGCAUAACCUUGCAGUUCCCGUGAUACAAGGUAUACUUGUGCCUUUGGAGGUUCCACUCUGGAAAUUGUAUCAACAGCUUGCCAGUUUCGAUGGAUUCCUACACAUUUCGCUCUGUCUUGUUGCAGACAGUGACGCACCUUAG